AUGGACGGAUUUUCGCUUGCCCGCCGCAUUGCUGCUUGUACUGGGGAAGCUAUCACAUAUAAGAAUCUUCCUACUCUUCUCAUCGGACCCUACUUUCCUCACGAAACCCUGUCCAUCAGGGAAUUCAUUGCAUUCCAACUUCCUCCCAUUCCAGUCCACACAAAAAGCCCCAAUGCGUGCCUCAGCCAUAAACCACCAUCUACAAAAAUAUUCUCAGAGAAUGAUGUUCGCGUAUUGGAUUGCCCUAGCCGACUUGAUGUCGAAGGGCUCAUCACAGAGUUGGAUAUGGAUGAUGAAAACCCUCUUACCUCAGUCGAGAUUGGUUCUAGUUGUAUCCCAAUAAUCAUUCUAGAAAUUUGGAGGAUUCAUUUUCAGUUGUGGGAUCUUCAAAACCUGUGGAAGGACUCACUUAAACAGACAGAAGAUUUAAUAAAGAAGGACCCUGGUCAGCAAUUUGCGAUACAGGCAGCUCAACGUAGACUUACUUUGUGCCAGUGGAAUGAGGAAAUCCAAGGGUUUUCAAGCAUAGGACAGAGUGCCAUUGGUGCCUUGAUGUGUUAUCUUUCCAUCUCAUGCCUGGUCAUGACUGACAUUUUUCACCAUAUCGAAAUUUUACAAAGCAAAGUGGAAAUGAUGAACCUGAUGGUUCGGCUCAUAUCCCCACUUGACUUGCAACUUCUUGCUGGAAGUGCUUCUCAAUGA